ACGCUCCUUUACUUCAAAUCCCUUGUACGAGCAGGUCAUGAGACCUUUCUGGUAUUUAGUUUUCCUGGUUGGAUUAGUUGCCUCGGAGGACCCAAAAAGUAAUGAUGUUCCUGGAUGUGGUGACCUAAAAUCAGGCAGUAAAGAAAUGAAUCCAACCACGCCUACAACAAGAACAGAAACUACCUCUACUAUGACUACUGAAGAAACAACAUCCUCUACUACGACUACUGAAGUAGCCACCUCACCUUCAACGACCACAACUUCAACGACCACACCUUCAACAACCCCUAAGAAAGGUGCUCGGGAAGCGGAUAGGAGGAAAUACGGAUACUACAGAGAUGGCAAUCAGUGCAUCCACAAAGUUCUAACAUCUUAUCAGCAGGUGUACCAUGCCGACUGCAUAUACUUGUGUCGACGCUAUCCGUUCCGCUUCAGUGUUCCCAAUGGGAUGCCCUGCUUGAUGGUACUGGAAAACGGACUUCAAGAACGUCAAUACACUAAUUCUAAAUUAUGCCGCAAAGGACAGUGCCUCCACGGUUCUUGCGUACCUAGCGUCUACGUACAAAAAUGUUCGAUACCGACAAAUGGCCCCGGCAUCCCACGGCGUGACAUAAAUAACCGUUACGAAUAAAUACUUCCUGGUGUGUUA